CUCCGGAGUUGACUGUUACAAUACUGACCUCCAGUGUGUGCACAGAAGGACAAAGCAUAGCGCACUCUCAUGGAUGCGGGACUUCGCUCCUGUCAGUUUGCGUUCUGACAGCAACGUGACCUCCAGCGAGUUCUUGAUACUGAAACAGACCUUCAAGAGUCACAUUCUCUGUCCGAUCUGUCACUGUCAGCCACUUUGCACUGACAAUGCAGGUGGACAGGGCGUACAUUAAACGGGAGCUCCCCAGCAGCAGCCUGCACUGAUUGUAUCGAGGAUUCCUGGAUAUAUAAUCAGUCACAAAACAUAAAUAAAUAAAGAAAAAUACUUUGCUUAUUUGCCAGCUCUUCGUCUCAUCCAACAAUCGCUCCCGUUUCUGCUCCGGGGCGCAGCGGAUUCCUGCUACUUCUUUCUAAUAAAAAAAAGAAAAGAAAAAAAAAAGAAGAAGACACGUGGUUGUUACAAACCUCUCUCAGGACACAGCGGGGAGGCGGAGGUGGAGAGAUGCGGACUCAGUCGGGAUGGGAGAGGACGCGGUGAGGAGAGAGUCCGCUUUCUGACCGUGGACAUUUUUGCUGCUGAGCAGCCUGUUCGUUUCUGGAAUAAGGACUUAAACGACUUUCAGAGAACGGGCUUUUUCUCUUCAUCUCUCUGACUGCUUUUCCAGAGGAGAGACUUGCACGCAGGAUGUGGAAGAUUGCAGGCGCGGAGGAAAGAACCAUGACAUUUCAUGUAGACUUCAGUCGUGAAAUGUGCUCUCUUCUAUUAAAUACAGGUCUCUGCAGAUUUUUUCCGCACAAUUCAGUUUUUUAAAAGUCAUCCUCUGAAUAAAAAAUGGAUUACUUGAACAUCUCCAGCCUGGAAGACGGGAUUGAGGAAAAAAAUAUUUCCUUUAAUUCCACCUCUGAAAGCCAGUACACCCAGCUCGCUAUCUGGGGUCUUGCUGGACUUGUCGGUUUCCUGAUUUUGUUUACAAUAGUCGGGAACGUCUUGGUAGUCAUUGCCGUUUUAACGAGCAGAGCUCUAAAACCACCCCAGAACCUUUUCCUCGUUUCCCUGGCUAGUGCGGACAUAUUGGUGGCCACUCUGGUCAUGCCCUUUUCUCUGGCAAAUGAGCUCAUGGGCUAUUGGUUUUUUGGCAAAAUCUGGUGUGACAUCUACCUGGCUCUGGAUGUUUUAUUUUGCACCUCCUCUAUUGUCCACCUCUGUGCUAUUAGUUUGGACAGGUACUGGUCAGUGACACAGGCAGUAGAGUAUAACUUAAAGAGAACACCUAAACGAGUUAAAAGCAUGAUUGUGGUGGUCUGGUUGAUCUCAGCCGUCAUCUCCUUCCCACCACUAAUAUCAAUGGACAGGAGCAUCAGUGAGGCCCAACCCGAGUGUUUGCUAAAUGAGGACACCUGGUACAUCCUCUACUCCAGCAUCGGCUCGUUCUUUGCCCCAUGUAUUAUUAUGAUCUUGGUCUAUAUUCGUAUUUACCAAGUGGCAAAAACCAGGACCAGAACAAUGUCAGAGAAGAAGAGGGAUGUGGAUUCACCACUGGAGAAUGGGAUGGACAAAGCUGAACCAGGCAUAGGCGGGUCUUUAAAGUCCAACAGGGGCGGGAGCACGAAGAGCCAGGAACGUGAGAAUGGGCACUGCCAGGAGCAAGCAGUUCGAUCCCCCUUACCAAAUGAGCCGAAACAUCCACUGACAGACCACGACGAUGACUACGACGACAGCAGCUCAUCAGACGAGAAACCUAAGAAAAGUUCCAGUUCCUCAAAACACCACCAAGAAGACAGGAAGGACCAGAAGUCCAGGCGGAAGAGCAGCUCCGCCUCUAAAUACUCCAGCAGAAAGUCCCGUGCCAGUUCCAAAUCCAUGGAGCUGUUCUCAUCUCGCCGCAAACGCAGGAGCACCGUCAACCGUAAGAAAGUCUCCGCCGCACGGGAGAAGCGCUUCACCUUUGUUCUCGCUGUUGUGAUGGGCGUGUUCGUCCUGUGCUGGUUCCCGUUCUUCUUCUCCUACAGCCUCUACGGCAUCUGCCGUAGGUCAUGCAAGAUCCCUGAUAUGCUGUUCAAGUUCUUUUUCUGGAUUGGCUACUGUAACAGCUCAUUAAACCCAGUCAUCUACACCAUCUUCAACCAGGACUUCCGCAGAGCCUUCCAGAAGAUCCUCUGUAAAUCAUGGAAACGCACAUUUUAAAGGUGUGCUGCAUGUCCGAGUUUGUAACGGACAUUUGAUCCUGCAGACGUACAGUAACAGUAUUCCCAGCUGUUUGAUAAAGUGCUGGCCUGGAGUGCUUUCACACAUUUACUUUCAGGGAUUGCCUUUGAAAUGAGGGGCCGCUUAGUGGAUCAAAGGACUCAACUAAGAUAGAAAAAGGGGUUUAAAAUACAAGAAUAAGCUGUCUCAUAAUAUUCACAAAAGAGACUGUCAUGCACUGCCUUUCUACGGACGCUUUUAGACUCUGAUGCAGGCUUUGGCUCUUUCCCCCUCCACAAUGACUUCUCCUUUCUGCAUUUAAAUGAAACAAACAGACUCCUCACAGUUGCUGGGAUGCAUGCCUGCCACAGUGGCUUCACUUGGAUAAACUUUAGAGACAGUUGAUUUGCAGUGUAACGUCAUUCACUGAAUAUAAUGCGAAGGCCUUGACAAUCUCCACAAGAGCAUAUAGUUUGUAGUCGACGUAAGGCGGUAGAAUCUAUCUUUUCUCUCUGUCUCUGACUGUUUUUUCUUGACUUUCUACUACUCUCAACUUGAGGACCAAUGGGAUGAAGGGGCUCAUUGCAUACUGUUACAGUAGCAAAACUGUUUCACACAAAAAAAAAGACUUAUCCUGAAAAACGACAAAGUUCAGUUCUGCUUCAGUGUUUUGCGUGAGGCGGAAACAUGUCCAAACUGUAAUCAGCAGCAGAAACCUGUCAUGGCACAGUUAAUGGUGAACCUGGACUGGAUGGUAUGUACAGCAGACUGGCAUCUAUUGUGAUUUUCCUUUUCCAGGCAUGUAUUUGCACCUUCCUGUCCCCUCCGAAAAAAUACAGAUAUACUACUGAAGCAGAUGGGCACCUACUGAGGCAUUCACUGUGUGUGUGUGUGUGUGUGUGUGUGUGUGUGUGUGUGUGUGUGUGUGUGUGUGUGUGUGUGUGUAAAAGAGGAAGAGGAGUCAAAAUGAAUAACCUGUGAAUCUGUGUUGUGAUAAAAUGAGUCGUGGGUUUACCGCAUCUUAUCCCAACUGCCGUCAGUGAUUGCGUGAAUGUGUGUGUGUUUACGGCUGCUUUCUACAAUGACCUGAUUCUCUCCGACCAAGUGUCUGUCUGUUCUACUUUUUGUCAGCCCUCUUUUCUCUCCCUAAUAGUCACAGUAAAACCAAACACUUUAUUGAACUUUUUUAGCGUCUGCUGCUCCCACACAGCUAAGAACACCCAUUAGCAUCAUGUACAUAAUGACAUAAAACUGAUUUAUUCAGCCACAAUGUUUAUCUUUACCUUUCAAGCAUUUAUAGCCAGAAGGGCUAAUGCUUUCUUGUGUAAAUAACCAGGGAGAUUACAGUACUAUUGUGUGGCAUCUCAUAAUCACACAUGUAUCAAUAUGAUAAAAAUGUUUUGUUUGUAUGAUGAACAACGCUCAGAAAGACUUUCGUGUUACACCGACCUCUGUCCUUUUCUAAAAGAACAAGUGUUUACUUCUCUGCUUUGAGCACAUUUGAAAAGAUCAAAUAAAGACAUCAGUUCAAUUGUCCUGUGCAGAUUGCAUGAAUGCAUAUUUGUUAUCAUCAAUCAUUUUAAGGAAGCUUCUUUGGUAGGUUGUUGUUGUUCAGGCAAAUGUGAAAAUAAUCCACUAAAAAUAGGACAAAUGCAGAAAAUGGGAAUGUUUUCAGCUCAGGAAUGUAAAAGUGUAGGUCAGGUGAUGUUUUGCUGACUUUCAAAGAUCCUCAUUGUAAUAGAUGUCUAUUAAGUCAUCAUCUCACCAAAUGAGAUAAAGUGAUUGAACCUGGAAAUUUGUGAAAGUCGUUAAAAUUAAAGGAUUUGGAACUGUGACUGGGAACUGGAAACAUUCCAUGUGCACUUAGUGACGCAUUAUCCAUUACUCAACACUUAACAGUGUACCAGAGGCAACACUCUUUGCCUGCAGUUACCACUUACUACCACAGGAGAUGCUAAAUAGAGAAAAGAGAUGUUUAAGGCUAUCACUUUACAUGUUUCCUGUAUGUUUAUAGAGUAAAUAAGUCAAUAAAAUAGCUUUUUAUUACAUUUAAA